AGCUGCGGGGCCGGGGACGUGUCCCGGGGUGGGGAGGUCAGAUCGGCGAUCUGGGGACUGCUCCACUAGGGCCCGGUGCCUAGGAAUGGGUGAGGGGUCUUCGGAGCUGCGGGAGAAGGAGCAAGCGCUCUCCGAGCCUGUGCAGCACCCAGCGGGGCACUUGCUGCCAGGAUGGCAGCGAGACGUCCGUCCUCCCCGUCCCGCCUUCAGGGCCGUGCCUCCCGGGUGGGCGUCAGAGCGCCCGGGGUCCCCAGAGCCGCCGCCCGGGCUCGGGCAAACUUUGCUUCUCGGCGUCCAGCCCGUUUUCUCGCUCCCGCAGCCCCGCAGGUGCCGCCUCUCCUCGCCUCCCAGCCGCGGCCGCCCCACCAUGGACUCCCCGGUCCAGAUAUUCCGCGGGGAGCCGGGCCCCACCUGCGCCCCGAGCGCCUGCCAGCUCCCCAACAGCAGCGCCUGGGUCCCCAACGCCAGCGCCGCCUCGGAGGACGCGCCGCCGGAGCCCGCGCACGUCUCCCCGGCCAUCCCGGUCAUCAUCACGGCGGUCUACUCCGUGGUGUUCGUCGUGGGCUUGGUGGGCAACUCGCUGGUCAUGUUCGUGAUCGUCCGGUACACAAAGAUGAAGACGGCGACCAACAUUUAUAUAUUUAACCUGGCUUUGGCAGAUGCUUUAGUUACGACCACCAUGCCCUUCCAGAGCACCGUCUACCUGAUGAAUUCCUGGCCUUUCGGGGCUGUGCUGUGCAAGGUAGUCAUUUCCAUCGACUACUACAACAUGUUCACCAGCAUCUUCACGCUGACCAUGAUGAGCGUGGACCGCUACAUCGCCGUGUGCCACCCCGUGAAGGCUCUGGACUUCCGCACGCCCCUGAAGGCAAAGAUCAUCAAUAUCUGUAUUUGGCUCCUGUCCUCCUCUGUGGGCAUCUCCGCAAUCGUCCUCGGAGGCACCAAAGUUAGGGAAGACGGGGAGGUCAUCGAGUGUUCCUUGCAGUUCCCGGAUGACGACUACUCCUGGUGGGACCUGUUCAUGAAGAUCUGCGUCUUCGUCUUUGCCUUUGUGAUCCCCGUCCUCAUCAUCAUCGUCUGCUACACCCUGAUGAUCCUGCGCCUCAAGAGCGUCCGGCUCCUUUCCGGCUCUCGGGAGAAAGAUCGCAAUCUCCGCCGCAUCACCAGGCUGGUGCUGGUGGUGGUGGCGGUCUUCAUCGUCUGCUGGACCCCCAUCCACAUCUUCAUCCUGGUGGAAGCUCUGGGCAGCACCUCCCACAGCACGGCUGCCCUCUCCAGCUACUACUUCUGCAUCGCCCUGGGGUACACCAACAGCAGCCUGAACCCCAUCCUCUACGCCUUCCUGGAUGAAAACUUCAAGCGGUGUUUCAGGGACUUCUGCUUUCCCAUUAAGAUGAGGAUGGAGCGACAGAGCACCAGCAGAGUCAGAAACACGGUUCAGGAUCCCGCCUACACGAGGGAUGUGGAUGGGAUGAAUAAGCCAGUAUGACUAGUCGUGGAGAUGUCUUCUUAUGGUUCUUCAGGAAGAGAAGAGUUCAACGAUCUAGGUCUAACUCAGAUUACCACUGCAGUCUGAGAUGAA